UGUGCGCUGUCUGUUCCCCUCGCAUGUUUCCCGCGGCUCUGUGACGGAGCUGCAGCUGCCUCUCGGAGCCGGCCAGGGGGCUGGGCCGCAGUGGCUCCCUCUCGGCCUGGCGGCUAAUAUGGAAAGGCCGGGGGCCCUGGCUAUCUUUGCAAGUGGAGCUGAGCCGUGCGGGGCCACGCACUCGGCUCUGAGUGGGGGAGCCAGGCCAAGGAAUGUGACACAUCAGAAGGCAGCUGCUACUUCAGGAGAGGGGGCAGAGACAGCUCGGUUCUGCCGGGCUCCACGGAGCGGGAGGGGGGACGCCAAGGUCGGAGGCCAGAGGGAGCCUGCGGGAGCGGUCGGGGGCGCAGGGAGCCGCGCCCCAGGUAGGCAGAGGAGCAGGUGCUGGGUCACGGAGCGGAGCUGGGGGUUGAGCUCGGCACGGUGCAGCUCCCAGCUUGGCGUACAGCGUGGGCCCCCUCUGCAUGUCUGGCUCCACUGUGCAGGCAGCAACCUGAGACCCAGCCUAAAAAUAACCCUGCACUCACCCCCGGAGCUGCGACCUUCGGGGCUUCGUCCGGCUGGGCAGGCACCGAACCGAACGCCACCUGCACCGGGCAGCGGCCUUUCCUCCUCUUGCCCCCUGGCACGUGCCCAGCAGCCGGGGGCAGCCUGUGCGGCAAGAGGGAGAAACGGAUCGUGGGGGCUGCCCGGGGGGUCCAUCUGCAGCUGCCUUGAGUCCAGGGCCCUGGGUACAGGCUCGGCAGGGUGCAGGGCUGCAAGUGGAAACCCAGUGAGGAUUGAAUUCAGCGGCCACGAGCCAUGCGUAGAGCCCAGGUGCAGAGCAAGCCGAGCACGGCUGGGGAGGAGGCCGGGGCGCUGGCGCACACGCUGGGGAGGCCCGGAGUGGCCCCUCCAAGUCCCGGCAUCCCCCCGAAGCGCGCCAAGGUCACGGCGGUGCCUGAAGCGGGGGCAGCUCGCCCAGCAGCCCCAGUCUUUGUGCGGAAGCUGAAGAACGCGGCCAUUGGCCCCGGCUGCGACAUUCGGCUGCGAGUGGCUGUGGCUGGGAGCCCCCAGCCCCGCCUGCGCUGGUACAAGAACGGGGCGCAAAUCCCCCUGCGGGGAGAGGAGUACGGCACCCUGUGGAUCCGGGACAGCAAGCUGGAGGACGCCGGCGUCUACACCUGUGUGGCCCAGAACGAGCAGGGCGAGACCAUGACCAGCGCCGUGUUGGCCAUCAUUGACAUGGAAGACUCGGAGACAGGCGAGGACGAGGCCAGCGACCCCCAGGGGACGCAGCGCAGUGAGCUCCAGGACGAGACGCCUUUCAGCUCCCCCACAGGGGAGUCGAACACGCUGGUGGACACCUCCAUGACCACGUCGGCGCUGGGCCUGUCGCAGGCGGAGGAGCGCUCCAGCUGGUCGGGCAGCCAGCAGACCGUGGUGGAGAAGGAGACGGAGCCCGGCCUCCCAGGGACCCCAAGGCAAGCACACGCGCAGGCCCCCCGCGGCGCCGAGGUCAGGCACCUGGGGGUGGAGCCGCUGCUACGGGCGUCGCGUGCUAUUCUGGUGGGCACAAGCUGGGGGUCGGAGGAUAGCCUCUCGGUGGCCAGCGACCCCUACGGCAGCGCCUUCAGUCUGUACAGAGGACGGGCGCUCUCAAUCCACGUCAGCAUCCCCCAGGGCGGGUACAGGAGAGACGACCCCUCGGAAUUCUCUCCGAAGCCUGGUGCAGACUCCCCAAGGCCUCCAGCCCAGCCCCUGGCCUCCAAGCCACCUGUUCUCUGCCUGCCGUCUCCCAGGGUGGGCCAGUGCCCGGCCCAGCCGGCCAGCCGAGGUCCUGGCGUCCCCUCCCCCACGCCCCUGACGCCCCGCAAGACGGCCCUGAUGCCGGCGGAGUACCAGGACACGGUCCCCGAGGAGUACGAGGCGAAGGUCCAGAAGCCCAAGUCUCUGGGGUACUCGCAGGCCAGCACGCUGGAGUCCCGGCCCCAGACCCCGCUGAGCGAGACCUCCAGCCGGGUGUCCGUGCUGCGGCCCUCGCCCAAGCUGGCGCGCUCCGGCUCCAAGAUCUUCGAGAAGCUGAAGUACUUCGAGGAGCGCCGGAGGAGCCUAGAGCAGAGCGACAGCCCCCUCCCGGUCCACGCCUGGCUGCCCCUGCGCAAGACGCGCUCCUUCGACCAGCCCGACCUGGGCCAGCGCCCGCUCACGCCGGACAGCUCCCGGGAGGAGCUGCGGGCCGGGGUGCGGUCGGAGAUGGGCGGCCCGACGUGCCGGCGCCAGGCCUUCCGCCACAAGGCCGCCUCAUUCGACGAGCGGGGCCACUUCGCCAGCCGGGUCGGCGACAUCGAGCACAGGUUCUCCGAGGAGCUGAGCCGCAUCAAGAAGACCGUCUCCAAGCAGCAGCUGAUGAGGUCGCAGGAGCUGGCAAAGGCCCCCUCACCCCGGGGCCCCAGCCAGCUCUCUGCCCCCCGGGCGCUGGAGACACAAGCCACCCCGGCCCCGAAAGACCAGGGGCUCAAGGCCCCGCCGCCUGUGGAGAACGCGUACGGCAUCCAGCAGCUAGCCCUGGCCAGCGUGGGGCUGGGGGGGCCUGGAGACGGGGCGGAGCGGGCAGCCACGCGGAAGCCACUGCUUCGGAGCUGCGCCCUGACGAGCCAGCCCCGGGAGGAGGCCAGAGCCAGGAGGAGUGGGGAGCCGGAAGGUGCUGAGGGCAAGAGGAAGGUGGAGCAGUGCCCCUUAUCGCAGGCCACUCCGCUGGGGCGAGGGGACCUGCCGGAGGCCAGGCCCCCCGAAGGAGUCGCAUGCCUGGAUGGGGGCCCGACGGUCGGGGCGAGAGCUAGCCGCGAUGGCAGGGCCCCCGGGGCUGGGAGCGAAGCCCUGACCACCAGGCCAGCAGGCCAGCACGGGCCGCAUAGGAGGCGGGACGCGGGCCAGGAGGUGCGGUUCUUACCCUGGGCCAAGCCCGCGCCGGAGCUCGGAGCCGGCCUGGAGGGGGCCAGGGCAGGGCCGCGUGGCACAGGCAGGGAUGCCGAGCAAAGGCAGCUGAAGGUCACAGAGAAGAAGGAAGGUGCCCGGCUGGCUCAGGAAGGGAGAAGCACCCGGAGCAAGGGGAAAGGCCGCCGGCCCCGGCCCACCUCGCCAGAGCUAGAGUCAUCCGACGAUUCGUACGUCUCCGCCGGCGAGGAUCCCCUGGAGGCCCCGGUCUUCGAGAUCCCCAUCCAGGAUGCUGUGGUGACGGUGGGCGCAGAGGUGCUGCUGAAGUGCAUUGUCACUGCCAACCCCAUGCCCGAAGUGUCCUGGAGGAAGGACGGCGUCCUGCUGAGGGGCAGCGCCUGGCGCCCCAUCAAAGUGGAGGGUGAGCGCCACACCCUGCUGCUGCCGAGCGCCCGGGGGGCCGACGCCGGCCUGUACACGGUCACGGCGGCCAACGAGGUGGGGGAGUCGUGCUGCAGCGCCAGGCUGACUGUGCAGCCGGGUAAGUGCUGGGGGGCGCGGGGCCCGCGGGGGGCGGGCAGGCCUGGCCUUGGGGGGCGGCUCAGCCCGAGGGAGGAGGAGCAGCCGGCCGGAGCCGGGGCUGGGCAGCCGCACCCCACACCCGCUGCUGCAGGGUCCCAUCCGUCCCCUCCUCUCGGGCCGGGGUGUCAGGGUGAGGCUUGCCCCAGCCUGGGCUCUGAGAGACGGCAGGGCUGGGGGGCUGAGCGGUGUCCGGGCUGCGCUGCCCUGUGCAUGCUGCCCCCCUGGGUGCCCCGCUGCCCUUCCUGUCCCUGGCACCUCGCCCAGUGCUGCCAUCCCAGCCGGGGGCUUGCCAUGCCCAGGGGACCUGGCACCCUUAACCGGCUUCGCUGCCUGCUCUCUCCUGAGCCAGCGCCCCCUGCGGAGAGCCAGGGGUCCCUGCCGCCCCCCCUGGCCCUGGCCAGCCCCAUCACAUCGGACGAGGAGUACCUGAGCCCCCUGGAGGAAUUCCCAGCGUCCGGGACCCCCCAGCACCGGCUGGCCGGGAAGCUGCAGCACAAAGUCGACCUCGGCACCACCCGCAGCCCCGUGGAGACCAACUUCAAGGCUGCCCCCACAUUUGAGCUGGCUCUGUGUGACCAGUCGGUGCUGGAGGGGCAGAACGUCCGCAUGAGCAUCCGGGUCCGGGGCGAACCCAAACCCAUCAUCUACUGGCUGAGGAACCGGCAGCCGGUGAAGGUGGGCCGGCGGCUCUCCGUGGCGGAGGGAGAGGGCGGCGCCUGCACCCUGCACCUCCUGGCAGCAGAGCGCGCGGACGCCGGCUUCUACGCUUGCAAAGCCAUCAACGAGUACGGCACCAAGCAGUGCGAGGCCAAGCUGCAGGUCCGAGCACACCCCGCAAGCCAGGCGCUGGCCGUGGUGGCACCGCUGCAGGACGUGACGGUCGGGGCCGGGGAGCUGGCGCUCUUCGAGUGCCUGGUGACGGGCCCGCCGGACCUGGAUGUGGACUGGCUCUCGCGGGGGCGGCUGCUGCAGCCCGCCCUGCUCAAGUGCAAGAUGCACUUUGACGGGCACAAGUGCAAGCUGCUGCUCACCUCCGUGCACGAGGACGACAGUGGCGUCUACACCUGCAAGCUGAGCACGGCCAAGGAGGAGCUGACCUGCAGCGCCCGGCUGACCGUGCGCCCGUCGAUCCAGCCGCUCUUCACCCGCAAGCUGGAGGACCUGGCCGUGGUGAAGGGACGGACGGCGCGCUUCGACUGCAAGAUCAGCGGCACCCCCACGCCCACCGUCACCUGGACCCACUUUGGCCAGCCCGUGGAGGAAGGCGAGAACGUGCGGCUGCAGCAGGAGCGGGGGCUGCACUCGCUGGUCAUCGCGCAUGCGGACAGCGAGGACGAGGGGCAGUACGGGGUCUGUGCUGCCAACGAGCAAGGCCAGGUGGAGUGCUCCGCCGAGCUGUAUGUGGAGGAGCCGCGCCCGGCCACCACCUCCCACAGCUCCAAGCUGGAGAAGAUGCCGUCCAUCCCGGAGGAGCCGGAGCUGCCGGAGAAUGAGGUGGAGCGCUUCACCAUGCCUGACUUCCUCCACCCCCUGCACGACCUGGACGUGGUGGAGUCCAAGGAGGCCGUGCUGGAGUGCCAGGUGGCCGGCCUGCCCUACCCCACCAUCACCUGGUUCCACAACGGCACCAAGAUCCGCAGCUCCGAGGACCGCAAGAUGACCCAGUACAAGGACACCCACCGCCUGCUGUUCCCAGCCGUCAGCCACGCCCACGCCGGCGUCUAUAAAAGCGUCAUUGCCAACCGAGUGGGGAAGGCCACGUGCUACGCUCACCUCUACGUGACAGACGUGGUGCCGACUCCCCCCGACGGGCCGCCCGCUGUGCUGGCCGUGACCGGCAGAGCCGUCACGCUGACCUGGAACAAGCCCAAGUGGCUCGACUCAGCCAUAGACCCCGCCUCGGUGACCUACACCAUCCAGCAGCAGGCGCUGGGCACCAGCCAAUGGACCAUCGUGGCCACCGGCCUGCGAGACACGCGCGGCACAUUGCACAGCCUGGCCAAGGGGCCGCGAUACCUCUUCCGAGUGCUCACGGCCACCCCCAGGAGCAGCAGCAAGCCCUCGCCUCCCAGCGAGCCAGUGCAGCUCCUGGAUCGGGGUCCAUACCUGGAGGAGGCCCCUGUCAUCCUGGACAAGCCAGACGUGGUGUACACAGUGGAGGACCAGCCAGCCUCCGUCACCGUGACCCUGAACCACGUGGAGGCCACGGUCACCUGGAAGAGCAGGGGCAGGUCGGUGCUCGAGGAGCGGGCUGGCGCGUGUGAGCUGAGCAUGGCCGACGACGACCAGCACUGCCUGCGGCUCUGCCAGGUGCACCGCGGGGACGCUGGGGAGCUCACCUGCGAGGUGAGCAACAGGCACGGCGCGGACAGCUGCUCCAUCAGCCUGCAGCUGGCAGAGGCGCCGCGCUUCGAGUCCAUCAUGGAGGACCUGGAGGUCGGGGAGGGUGAGACGCCGCGCUUCGCCGUGGUGGUGGAGGGCAAGCCGCUGCCCGACAUCAUGUGGUACAAGGACGAGGCGCUGCUGGCCGAGAGCAGCCGCCUGACCUUUGUCUACGACGACAGUGAGUGCUCCCUGGUGCUGCUGGGCGCCACGGCCCACGACAGCGGCGUCUACACCUGCACCGCCCGGAACCUGGCCGGGGAGGUUUCCUGCAAGGCCGAGCUGCUGGUGCGCGCAGCCCAGCCGGAGGCAGCAGCCGUGGUGGCGGAGGAGGGGCAUGCGGCCCGGCGGCUGACGGACGACUACGAGGUGCACGAGGAGAUCGGGAGGCCCACCCCCCUCCUGGCUCAGGUACGUCCCUCACCUAAAGUCACCCCCUGCUCUCCAGGCCCCCAUGCAGACAGUCCAGUAAAACCAGACGACAUCCCCAGGUCAGUCCGACCGGCUCCCUACGGCGUCACCGGGGCAGUAACCUGGGUCCUGUCCCCUGCUCGUGGGGCCUGCUCUGCACACUGCCCCCCGGCGGGGCUGGCUCACCGGCCUUGUCUCCCGCAGGUUCGCUCCUACAUGCGGCAGCUGCUGGAGGGGCUUAGCUACCUGCAUCGCUGCAGCAUUCUGCACCUGGACGUCAAGCCGGAGAACCUGCUGAUGGGCAGCAGCGACCAGGUGCGGCUCUGCGACUUUGGCAACGCGCAGCGGCUGGCGCCGGAGGGGGCCCAGUACUGCAAGUACGGCACCCCCGAGUUCGUGGGUCCGGAGAUCGUCAGCCAGAGCCCCGUGUCCAUCGUCACCGACGUCUGGCCCGUGGGAGUCAUCGCCUACCUAUGGAGACCCAACGCGGAGCAGACGCUGGAGCACCCCUGGUUUAAGCGGUCUCAGAUCAGCUACAAAGGCAGUCUGGUGCUGAGAGCCAUCCCGGAGCUGCUGGAGGACACGUCCAGCCACCUCUCCAUCGCCCUGCCCCGGCACCUCAAGGACUCGCCCGCCCUCUCCUCCUCCUCGGACUCGGAGGAGCUGGACGAGCUGCCCCUCCUCCCCAUGCCCCACCAGGUGGAGUUCUCCGGCUCCCGCGUCUCCCUCAACGAGAUCCCCACGGACGACGAAGCCCUGGGCCAGGCCGAGGGGGCGCUGGAGGAGGCGGCCCCCAUGGACUGGCAGGCGGAGGUGGCAGGCCCAGGGAAGAGGCAGAAGGGCGCUGGCCCGCGGAAGAGGCCCACGGUGGCGGAGGGGCCCGGCUCCUCGGACGAGGACUCCGCCGAGGCUCAGCCGCGGCCCGAGUGCCCCCGGAAGGCCCUGAAGAAGGGCUCCAGCCUGGAGUCCCCGGAGGGGGGGCGCCCGGCCGGCCGGAGGGGCGAGCUGCGGCGGGGCAGCUCUGCGGACAGCGCCCUGCUGCUGGGCCUGCCGGCGGAGGCCGGGGCGGGCGAGGAGCCCCCCAAGGCGCUGAAGAAGGCGGCGUCCAUGGAGCUGCCGCGCCGGAGCCCCAGCCCGGGGGGUGCGCCCCGCAGGCAGGCCGAGGAGGAGCGCACCCAGCGCCUGGAGCUCGUGCGCCAGCGCCUGCUGCGGGACGGUCCCGUGGAGCCCAGGGUCAGCGGCCUGCGGGGGCCGCUCCUGGAGACCCUGGAGAAGAAGGUGCUGCGGCCCCCCCGGCCCAAAAAGCAGCCGCCCCCGGGGGCCAGGCUGGUGCGGGCAGCCUCCAGCGAGGCAGCCCCCCAGCACCCGCCCCCAGAGCCGCGCCUGCUGCAGAAGAGCAGCUCCUUCAGCCAGGGGGACCUGGAGCCGGUGACGGUGCACCGCCGCUCGGGCGCCCCGCUGGAGAUCCCCGUGACGCACCUGGAAGCCCAGCGGCUCAAGGAGUCCCCCUCGCUCUCCGCCCUGACGGAGUCCCGGCCCCAGACCCCACGGGAAAGCUCCUCCAAGCCACCCGGCCCUGAGCUGCCCGAGGCCUCGCCGGAGCAGGGGCCUGGGCCGGGGGACACUGCCAGGCCCAGAGCCAGCUUGGCAGCUGUGGGCAAGAAGCCUCCAGCCGAGAGGCCUCAAGAAAAGCCUCUGCUACGGCCCGCAGCUGCCAGAGCUGCCCAGGCCCCCCUGCAGGCAGCUCCCAAGCCCAGAGCAGCCCUGCCAGAGCCCCCUGCCCCGGACGCCAGAGCCCCCAAGCCCUCCUCCUAUGCACAGGUGAUACAGUCCAUCCAGCUCCCCGCCGCGCCCGGGGAGCCUGCCCGGGCUGAGCCCCCCGCUGCCCGCCCAGAGCCGCGCCCCGCACCCCCCCCAGCCCCCGCUGCGGGCGGUGCCAAGGCGGAGGUGCCCGUGGAGGAGGCGGCCCCGCUGCAUUCCAGCAGCACCCUGGCCAUCAAGGACAUCGACUCGGAGGAAGUCUUCGAGGCCAAGUUCAAGCGGGGCCGGGAAUCUUCGCUCAGCCGCGGCCUGAAGCUGCUCACCAGGCCCCACUCGGCGGACCGGCACCUGGCCAGCCCGCUGGUGCGGGAGGAGGGGAUGUACCGGCCCGGCCCGGCCGGGGCACCGCUGGAGCUCGCCAAGGGCCCGGCCCAGCGGGCCCAGUCAGUGCAGGACCUGCGUGAGCCGGAGGAGGCCAGCUUCAUCCGCAGGAUGUCCCAGCGCCUCUGGCGCACGCCCCCCACGGAGAGGAAGCAGCCCAAGGAGGAGGAGUCGGGCCGCGAGCCCCCGAGCCGGGGCCGCCGUCUCUCCUGGAGCCUGGGUCUGGGCAGCUCCAAGGACAAGCGGGACUCGGCCAGCCUGGAAUCGGAGCCAGGCAGGAGUGAGGGCGGGUCGGAGUCGCCCGUGGUGGCCAUGAGGCGGAAGAUCAGCUCCACCAUGGAGCGCCUCUCCCAGCGGCUGCGCAGCCCCUCGGACGACAGGGGGGAGGCAGAGGGGCCCGGGAAGCGGAGCCCGCUGCUCGCCCUGCUGCGGAGAUCCAACUCGGAGGGGGAGAACCUGCGCAGGACGGGGAUUCCGCAGAACCAACUGGCGGCACAGUCAGCCCUGGCGCCCUCCGCCGAGUCCUUCCAGUCAGAGAGCAGCACCCGCUCGGAGGCGGGUGCCCAAGCUCCCAGCGAGGGCCAGAGACGCUCCCGGUGGGACCGCUGGGGCCUGUCCCGCGCCAAGAGGGACAAGGUGGCCUCGCAGCCCAACAUCCCGGCCAGCCUGCUGCAGGAGGAUGGCACCAUCGUGGGCAGGCAGUACGUGCGCAACGCAUCGGACUUCCCCCCCGUUUUCCACAUCAAGCUGAAGGACCAGGUGCUGCUGGAGGGCGACCCGGCAACCCUGUUCUGCCUGCCAGCUGCCAGCCCGUCCCCCAAAAUCCUCUGGAUGAAGGACAAGCGGUCGCUGGUGUCCGACGCCGCGGUGAACAUCGUCUCGUGUAAGGACGGCCGCCAGCUGCUCUCCAUCCCCAGGACGUGCAAGAAGGAUGCAGGCCUGUACGAGUGCACCGCUGCCAACGCCCUGGGCACCGCCACCAGCUCGUGCACUCUGGCCGUGGCACGCCUGCCAGGGAAGCCGGGCACCCCGGAGAUACCUCAGAAGUACAAGAACACGGUGCUGGUGCUGUGGAAGCCUGCAGACAGCCGGGCCCCUUGCACCUACAUCCUGGAGUGCAAAAUGAACGGGGAACGCGAGUGGAAAACCAUCAGCUCGGGCAUCGCCGACUGCUACUUCAACGUGACGGAGCUGCCCGCCAGGAGCACGGCCAGGUUCCGUGUGGCCUGCAUCAAUAAGGCCGGCCAGGGGCCCUACAGCAACCCCUCAGAGACGGUGGCCAUCGAGACAGAUGAUCCCGGCGCUGCCCACUCGGCUCCUGCUGCCCGGAAGGACGUGGCUGCCCCCGAGACAGCAGCUUCCAGCCGCUCCACCCAGACCCUUCCUGCCCAGCCUGCGCCCCAAACCGCGGGGGCCCCUCCCCCCACCCCGCCCCGCAAGCACAAAGGGGUCGUGCACAUGCCCGGCCGGGCACCACAGGCCCUUGUUCCCGGGGGUGCCUCUGCCACCAUCCAGCCGCCUCCCCGUGCCGAGGCAGAGCCUGCCCCCCAAGAGCAGCUCUGCCCCCCUCCCGUCCCUCCAGCAAUUGCUGGGUCUGGCUCCCCAGAGCUGGUGUUAACGCCGUCCAGGGCUGCCCCUCCGCGCCCCCCCGCUGCCCACACAACCAGCCAGGCGGUGCAGGGCUCGCCCGCCCCUCCAACCCAGCUCCCUGCCCGACUCUCCCCCAUUUCUCCAGCAUCGGCCACGCCUGUGUCCCCCUCCCCCAAAGCGGCGCCCAUGUAUAUGGUCACCUCCUUUGUCUCCAUGCCGGCUGCGACGCCCCCCACGGACGCCCCGUCCCCGCUCCCCAAAGAGGUGGAGCCAUCGGCCACGCGGUUCCUGGGCCGGAGCGCCGCCCUGAGCAGGCUUAGCCCCACAGGGCCGGGGGCUCCAGAGGCAAAGGAGGGCACAGCGCUGCGCCAGGGGGUCCCCCAGAAGCCUUACACCUUCCUGGAGGAGAAAGCGAGGGGCCGGUUCGGGGUGCUCCGGGAGUGCAAGGAGAACGCCACGGGGAAGCACUUCAUGGCCAAGAUCAUUCCCUACGAGGCGGAGAAGAAGCAGAGCGUCCUGCAGGAAUACGAGAUCCUCAAGGGCCUGCACCACGAACGCGUCAUGGGCCUGCACGAGGCCUACAUCACCCCCCGCUACCUGGUGCUGAUCGCCGAGCACUGCGCCGGCAAGGAGAUCCUCUACAGCCUCGUCGACAGGUUCCGCUACUCGGAGGACGAGGUGGCCGGCUACGUGCUGCAGCUGCUGCAGGGGCUGGAGUACCUGCACGGGCGCCGCAUCGUGCACCUGGACAUCAAACCCGACAACGUGGUCGUCGCCCACGGCAACGCGGUGAAGAUCAUCGACUUCGGCAGCGCCCAGACCUACAACCCGCUGGUGCUGCGCAGGCUGGGGCGCCGCGUGGGCACGCUGGAGUACAUGUCUCCGGAGAUGGUGAAGGGAGACCCGGUGGGCUCUGCGGCCGACAUCUGGGGGGUCGGCGUGCUCACCUACAUCAUCCCGGCACAGCCGCACAUGCCAGGCCCCGCCCUGCCUCGCCACACGCACCGUGCCCGGGCGCUGGCACAGGGCGACGUCCAGGGGGAUGAGCAGCCAGUCCCUGUUCCUGCCUGGGCUCCCCAGCGGCAGACGUGGCCAGUCCCUCACCCCCGGGCUCUCCCUGGCUGUUGCAGGAGCCGGCCCACCAUCAAGGACUGUUUUGCCAAUCCCUGGCUGCAGGACGCCUACCUGAUGAAGCUGCGGCGCCAGACCCUGACCUUCACCACCAACCGGCUCAAGGAGUUCCUGGUGGAGCACCAGCGCCGGCGCGGCGAGGCCGUCACCAAGCACAAGGUCUUACUCCGCUCCUACCACGGCUCCGGCAGCCAGCCGCCCCCCGCGCCGGUCACGCAGUAGCCCCGCCACCUCCUGCGGCGACGGAGGAGUCGAAGGAACAUUCCAGGGGCCGGGCCCGCGGCGGCAGGUUCCCGGAGGCGGGAACGGGGGUCGAGCAAACCGCCAGGACGUGCGUUGGCGUCCGCCCCGCGAGCCUGGCCGCUCGGGACCGCAGAGGAGCGUUCACCCGGGCACCGCGGGCCCCUCCGCCCAGCAGAGUCGGCACCGCUGGGGGCUCACUGCUCCCGCUCCUCCUGCGGGGGGCCUGCUGCAAGGGGCGGGACUUCCUGUUUUGCUGUGCCUGAGGACAGGAAAUGCUACGCGAACAGCUGGACUUCCAAGACUAGGGGCUGGCGGGCUGCGGGGGGAGGGGAGACGGGAGCCCAGCAGCAACCUCUGCGGCGUGUGAAACUGUGAAGGGGGGAGAUGGAGGGACGGGGGGCAGGAAACAGGAGCCGUGAUGAUGGGAAGCCGCCAGCAUCGCCUGCCCCGGGUUUGGGGGAUCCCGGCCCGGCCCGCAGGGUUCCACCGCCGGCAGCCGGCUCGGCACGCCUUCUCCCUCCAGCGCCACGCUGCCCACGUGCCCUGUGACCGGAGCUGGGAGGAGCAGAGCCGCGUCCUCGGGGGCCCUGGCAGCGCCCGGCCAUGCCGGACGUGGGUAAAACCCCUGCGUUAGUGUCACCGUGGUGCUCUCGGCCUCCUGCACCUCUCGGGGGCGCUGUCUCCCCGGUUUGGCUGCCAGCCCCGGCCCCGCUCGCCGUCCUCGCCCCCCGCUGGGCUCCCUCCCUGCCCCACACGCCCCCAGGCUGCCAGGCCAUUUGCUGAAUAUAGCUGAGCUGGUUGUGCGACCCCCAGCCUCCAGCGCCCCCUGCCCCCCCCAGCUCGGCCCCAGAGAGUGGCCACAACCCACCUGCAUGGGGCGGGGGGGCCGUAGGGUGUCCUCCAGCCCGGGGAGGCCUCACUGCAGGGGGGGUGGGGUGGCCAUUUUGACUGAGGGCAGCCCAGGCUUCAGUUCCAUGGGAAGUCAGGGAAGCUGGUGGCCAUUCUGGAUGAGGGCAAACUGAGCAGC